UUGUGUAAUUAUUAUUUUUACAAGUCGUUAAUGAAGGUCUUUUUCCGGAUUAUCAAAUGCACAAAACAACGUUGAGAUCUAUAUUUUUCUAUUUUAUAACUUAAAAUAGAAAAAUUUCAUUUGUUUUAAGGGAAAUACAGAGCUUUAAUGUUAAUUCAUGUGGCGACUUCUAGUUAAAAAGUUCUAUAAUAUAGCUGAAAAUAUUUCGAUAUAAUAUGGUUGUAGGGAGAGUGGUUCUAAAACUUAGUUUCUGGUUUAUAACGCUCUUAAUGGCACUUUUCUUAUAUUUGACCUUUGGUAUCAUUCUUGAUAAUAGUCGUGCUAUACAACGUAUUCAAAUGGAUGUUCAGGAUAUAGCCAUAGAAGUAUUUAGACAAGAUAAAUGUGUUGCCAACUCCACAGCAAAACAAAUUGAUAAAGUUCUGAAAAAUAGUUUACUCAAUGUAAUUGAAGAUUUGCAAGCUCUCAAGAUUAGAUUGGAAAAAAAAUGUUGCAUACAAUCGAUUGCCACUAGUGGUAUGUACGACAGCCGUCUCAACUAUGCUUCUGAAGAUUUGGGUGCGAAAAUUGAACAGAUAUGUGCAGAACCCAUUGAUGGCACUAACAUUUUUAAGAGACUUUUUGGCUUGGAAUAUAGUUCAAAUCAACCACGUAAUAUGCUUAACUCUAAUAUGAGUCCUGGUAAUUGUUUUGGUUUUCGAGGAACUAAAGCAGAAGUUAUAGUAAAAUUGGGUCGUCCAAUUUAUGUGGAUACUAUUGAAAUACAACAUAUUCCAAAGAAAUUGUCACCCAACGGAGAUACUUCCAGUGCACCAAAAGUUUUCGAAGUUUUCGGCAAGGAGAGUUUAAGUAAAAGUUCUGUUCUACUAGGCCUUUUCGUUUAUAAUAACUCACAGGAAAGUCUACGGCAAGCCUUUGAAGUUUGCUCAAUGGCCAAAUAUGCUUAUGUACAAAUAAAAUUUCAACAAAAUCAUGGCAAUCAUUGUUAUACUUGCAUAUAUCGUUUAGUGGUAUACGGUCGUAUGGAUAAAUAAUUCAUACAUUCUAAU